UUCCUCUCCCCUUAAUUGCAACAAUGGGAAAUUGUUGCUCUCAUGGACGAGAUUCAGGGAAUAACAAAGAAGAACCGAGGCCGGAAAAUGGAGGAGGAGGAGGCGGCGCCACAGCGGAAGCCUCUGUGAGAGCUUCGAGACACCCGCCAGCAUCUCCUCCUCCUGCAACCAAACAAGGGCCAAUAGGACCUGUCUUAGGGCGACCAAUGGAAGAUGUGAAGAGCUCAUAUACAUUGGGUAAGGAGCUGGGUCGUGGACAGUUUGGGGUGACCCAUCUCUGCACCCAAAAGGCCACGGGGCUGCAAUUCGCUUGCAAGACCAUUGCGAAAAGGAAGCUUGUGAACAAAGAAGACAUUGAGGAUGUGAGAAGGGAGGUGCAGAUAAUGCAUCACUUGACGGGUCAGCCAAACAUUGUGGAGCUUAAAGGAGCGUAUGAGGAUAAGCAUUCUGUGCAUUUGGUUAUGGAGCUUUGCGCAGGUGGAGAGUUGUUUGAUAGGAUCAUUGCAAAGGGGCAUUACUCUGAGAGAGCUGCGGCUUCGUUGCUACGGACGAUUGUUCAGAUUAUCCAUACUUGCCAUUCCAUGGGGGUUAUCCACAGGGACUUGAAGCCUGAGAACUUUUUAUUGCUCAACAAGGAUGAGAAUUCUCCUCUGAAAGCCACCGACUUCGGGUUAUCCGUGUUCUACAAGCCAGGAGAGGUGUUCAAAGACAUUGUGGGAAGUGCUUAUUACAUUGCACCAGAGGUGUUGAGGAGGAAGUAUGGACCAGAGGCUGAUAUUUGGAGCAUCGGUGUCAUGUUGUAUAUCCUCUUGUGUGGUGUUCCACCUUUCUGGGCUGAGUCGGAGAAUGGGAUUUUCAACGCCAUCCUAAGUGGACAGGUUGAUUUUUCAAGCGAUCCAUGGCCAGUCAUUUCACCACAGGCAAAGGACCUCGUUAGGAAGAUGCUCAACUCUGAUCCCAAACAAAGAUUGACCGCUGCUCAAGUUCUCAACCAUCCAUGGAUCAAGGAAGAUGGAGAAGCACCAGAUGUUCCUCUUGACAAUGCAGUGAUGUCUAGGCUCAAACAAUUCAAAGCAAUGAACAACUUUAAGAAAGUUGCUUUAAGGGUGAUAGCCGGUUGCUUAUCAGAGGAAGAAAUCAUGGGGUUAAAGGAGAUGUUCAAAGGAAUGGACACCGACAACAGUGGAACAAUAACUCUUGAGGAGCUAAGACAAGGACUUGCCAAGCAAGGUACAAGGUUAUCCGAAUACGAAGUCCAGCAAUUAAUGGAAGCUGCUGAUGCUGACGGUAAUGGAACAAUAGACUAUGGGGAGUUCAUUGCAGCUACAAUGCACAUCAACAGGCUCGACAGAGAAGAGCAUCUCUACUCAGCCUUCCAACAUUUUGACAAAGACAACAGUGGAUAUAUCACAAUGGAAGAGCUAGAGCAAGCCCUUCGGGAGUUUGGUAUGAACGAUGGCAGAGACAUUAAGGAAAUCAUUUCUGAGGUUGAUGGAGACAAUGAUGGGCGGAUAAACUACGAGGAAUUUGUGGCGAUGAUGAGAAAAGGUAACCCAGAUCCUAACCCGAAGAAGCGGCGGGAACUGUCAUUCAAAUGACACUACUGGAACAGACAAGUAAGCACAUAAGAACAUCAAGAAGAAGGCUUGGGUUGCUCAUGAUUCACCAAGAGAGAGGAUAAAGGCUUUAAAAUGGG